GCCGCUCCCAAGAUGGCGCCGCGGCAGUGACGGGGGGCGGGAGAGGGUGUGUGUGCCGUGGGACUGAGCGGCGGAGCGCGGCCCCGGCGCCCCGCGGCAGGAUGAUCCCCACCGAGGAGGUGUCGGCCCGCAGGAGAGAGAUCGAGGACAAGCUCAAGCAGGAAGAAGAAACUCUGUCCUUUAUCAAAGAGAGCCUUGAGAAGAGUGACCAGCUUACGAAGAACAUGGUUUCUAUCCUCUCCUCCUUUGAAAGUCGUUUGAUGAAGCUGGAGAACUCGAUCAUCCCUGUCCAUAAACAGACAGAGAACCUGCAGCGCUUGCAGGAGAACGUGGAGAAGACCCUCUCCUGCUUGGAUCACGUCAUCAGUUACUACCAUGUGGCUAAGGACACAGAGAAGAUCAUAAAGGAAGGCCCCACAGGGAGGCUGGAGGAAUACUUGAAUUGCAUGGACAAAAUCCAGAAGGCGGUGGAAUACUUCCAGGACAACAAUCCAGACAGCCCGGAGCUCAACCGUGUGAAAUCCCUCUUUGAGAGGGGCAAGGAGUCCCUGGAAUCAGAGUUCCGCAGCUUGAUGACACGACACACCAAGCCGGUCCCACCCAUCCUCAUCCUGGACCUGAUCAGUGGGGACGAUGAAAUGGAGACGCAGGAGGAGAUGUCUUUGGAGCACCUCCCGGAGUGUGUUCUGCAUGAUAUCAUCCGCAUUUCUGGCUGGCUGGUGGAAAACGGCAGGAAUCAAGAUUUCAUGACUGUUUACUUCCAAAUCCGCUCUGUCCAGCUCGACCGCUCCAUCAAGGGGCUGAAAGACCAUUUCCGUAAGAACAGCUCCUCCACAGGCGUGCCAUAUUCCCCUGCCAUUCAGAACAAAAGGAAGGACACCCCCACCAAAAAGCCAAUCAAGAGACCAGUCCUCAUCCCAGGCACGAUCCGUAAGGCUCAGAACCUUCUGAAACAGUACUCUCAGCAUGGUCUAGAUGGGAAAAAGGGGGCCUCUAACCUCAUUCCUAUGGAAGGUCAUGAGCAUGAUUUACGAGUUAAACACCUUUCCGAUACCCUGAGCGACAAGCAUGGGCCGGCUGCUGGGAGGGAUGACGUCUUCGACAUCGAGAUUGAUGCGUACAUUCACUGCGUUAGUGCCUUUGUCAAACUGGCCCAGAGCGAAUACCAGCUCCUGACAGAAAUCGUCCCGGAGCACCACCAGAAGAAGACCUUUGAUUCUCUUAUCCAGGAGUCAUUGGAUAACUUGAUCAUGGAGGGGGAUAAUAUUGUCUCAGCUGCCCGGAAAGCCAUCAUCCGACACGACUAUUCAGCUGUGCUCACGAUCUUCCCUAUCCUUAAGCAUCUUAAGCAGAUGAAGCCAGAAUUUGACCAGGUCUUGCAGGGAACUGCAGCAGGCACUAAGAACAAACUGCCAGGGCUGAUCACUUCCAUGGAGACCACUGGUGCGAAGGCACUGGAAGAGUUUGCAGACAACAUUAAGAAUGAUCCGGACAAGGAAUAUAACAUGCCAAAAGAUGGGACAGUUCAUGAACUCACCAGCAACGCCAUCCUUUUCCUACAGCAGUUGUUGGAUUUCCAGGAGACGGCGGGUGCCAUGCUGGCAUCACAAGGCAAAGUGCUGGGCAACUUGCAGCUUAACCUUCUUAGUAAAUCCAAGGUUUAUGAAGACCCAGCUUUGAGUGCCAUUUUUCUGCACAACAACUACAACUACAUUCUGAAAUCUCUGGAAAAGUCUGAGCUGAUCCAGUUGGUAGCUGUGACGCAGAAGACAGCCGAGAGGUCUUACCGGGAGCUCAUUGAACAGCAGAUCCAGACCUACCAGCGCAGCUGGUUGAAGGUGACAGAUUACAUCUUGGAGAGAAACCUGCCUGUCUUUCAACUAGGAGUGAAGCUCAAGGAUAAGGAGAGGCAGAUGAUAAAGGAGCGGUUUAAGGGUUUUAAUGACGGGCUGGAGGAGCUGUGUAAGAUCCAGAAGGCCUGGGCAAUCCCCGACAUGGAGCAACGGGACAAAAUCCGCCGGGCACAGAAAACCAUUGUGAAAGAGACCUAUGGUGCUUUCUUGAACAGAUAUGGCAAUGUGCCCUUCACCAAGAACCCUGAGAAGUACAUCAAAUACCAAGUUGACCAGGUGGGGGACAUGAUCGAGAGGCUGUUUGACACAUCGGCGUAAUUCUCCAGCUGUCAUGUACUCUCCAGCUGCCAAGUACAAGUCAGCACUCUCUCAGCAACCUUUGGGACUCCCUUCCCUUCUCCCCUGCCCCAUUGUGGUGGGCAGGCUGUUAUAGUCGUAUUUAUCAGAUUUAUAAACCUGUGGAAACACUA